AGCAAAACAAAAACUAACAACAUAAACAAACAUAACUCUAAGUAAAAGCAUAAGAAAAACAAAAACAAAAUGCAAUCAAUCAAAUGCGCUUCAAAAGCUAAACUACCAGCAUGUUUGGCAACACCAUGCAAUGACAACAAGCAACACAUACAAAACUAAACAAAACUGUGCAUGCUUGUCAAACUUCAAUUUCGGCAUUGCAAACACAAGCUAACGUGUAUAGCCGCAGUUUUGCCUAUUUUAUCGUUGUGUUUGCACGCAUUUCGCCAUUAUGCCUUGCAGCUAUUUAAAGUUUAAAAUAUAAAACAGUCAAAUGUUUGGCUGUAAGCAGUAAAAUAGUGUGAUUUGGCGUCCGUGCGUAAACAAGAUUUGACGUUAUGGUGAAGCAAAAUAUUGAUUUGCAAUUUUCGCAACAUUUUGUUUUAGCAUUUCAAGUGAAUUUAGCAAAAGUUACAGAACAAAAGUAAUAUUUUCGCUGCGUUUGAAGCAUAACAGCAAAGCGCAUUGGAAAGAAAGAAAAUAUAGCAGCAGGAGUUUAAAUUUAAUUACUAACUAAGCAAAAUAUGGAAAUAUAUAUAUAUACUAAAUAGUAAAGAAGAAGAAACAAACAAACAGGGAGAUUUCACGUCGCGGCCAAUAAAAAUAACUCAAGUGUUGUACGUUAAACAAAUAAUAAUUAAUAACUACAUAUAUCAUUUUUGUGUAUGCAAAAACUUAAAAAUAUAUUGAUUUAUUGGGGAAAUUACAAUUCCUGCUCAAAAUGUGUUUACAAACGACGACUUGAAAACAAAAUGUGGCUGAAUGAAAUUGUUUACAUUCAAUAUUCAAUAUGAGUUCAAAUAAUCGUUAAACGUGAAUUCAAAUGAUGCCGGUGUCGGAACAUGUAAGAAGCACCCGAGCCCACUACAGUCGGGUCUACGUACGUGGAACUCAGCCGUUUUUAUGCGUCCAAAGACUGUCAACUCGAUAGUACUCUUCAAAAUUAACUCUGGAACAACAAUAACAAUCAUAUAAAAGAAAAUCAAACGCGGCGCUACUGCAAUUCGCUGUGGAAUAUUUCCGCUUGAUUUUUUAAUCAAAUAUGCGGAAUAUCACACGUGUCAGAGCAAAAAUUGAUUCGAAAACAUAAAAUUUGCUUAAAUAUUGAAUUAUAACGCCUCACAUACUACCAGUGUAUAAAGAUCAUGUUAAGAAGAGCACAUAUCAGAAUACUCACUAACCUAGUCGCGAAUCAGAGCGUGACAAGCAACUUGUUCACUUUAGCCCCUGCUGGAAGUACAGAUAAUCACAAUGUCAGAUCUCGAUAAGUGGAUUGAGACAGUUAAGGAAUGUAAAUAUUUGCCAGAGAAUGAUUUGAAAAAACUUUGUGAUAUCGUGUGUGAAAUUUUACUUGAGGAAUCCAACAUACAACCAGUUAGCACGCCCGUGACAGUAUGUGGUGAUAUACAUGGACAGUUUUACGAUUUGGAAGAACUCUUCCGCACAGGUGGUCAAAUACCUGAUACCAACUAUAUAUUCAUGGGUGAUUUUGUAGACCGUGGUUAUUAUAGCCUCGAAACUUUGACACGUCUGCUUACACUGAAGGCACGUUAUCCUGACCGUAUUACGCUGCUGCGUGGAAAUCAUGAAUCGCGACAAAUUACCAAAGUGUAUGGCUUUUUCGAUGAAUGUUUCACCAAGUAUGGAAAUGCUAAUGCAUGGAAAUACUGUUGCAAAGUUUUUGACCUGCUGACAAUUGCUGCGAUUAUUGAUGAGGAGGUGCUAUGCGUUCAUGGUGGUCUCAGUCCAGAAAUUAUCACACUUGACCAAAUACGUACUAUAGACCGCAAUGGUGAAAUUCCCUAUAAGGGUGCAUUCUGUGAUCUCGUGUGGUCGGAUCCAGAAGAUAUGGACCUGUGGGGCCAGAGUCCACGUGGUGCUGGUUGGUUAUUCGGUCAGCUUGUGACAAAGGACUUUAUGAAUAUUAACAAUUUAGAAUUGAUUUGUCGUGCACAUCAGCUGGUUAACGAAGGUAUUAAAUACAUGUUCGAUAGUAAGCUUGUAACGGUGUGGUCAGCGCCGAACUAUUGCUAUCGUUGUGGCAAUGUAGCUGCGAUUUUGACGUUUAAAACUGCGAAAGAUCGCACAACCAGUAUUUUUAAUGCGGUGCCAGAAACGGAUAGAGUCAUACCGCAACAGAAUACAACACCAUAUUUUCUUUAAAGAAACAUAUCUAUUUGUCCACCCGCCCACUUGUGAUUGCUCACCGUGGAGUAUUCUUUGCCUUUAACGUUUACGCUGUGUUCUUCUUUACUCCACGUUUUUGAUAUACUCGAUUUACCCUAGAUUCGAUAUAUAAGAAUCUAAAAAAAAUAUCUGUUAAACGUACAUAUAAUAACAAUAGCUAAAAUAAUAUAAAAUGUUCCAGUAUUGAUACCAACUGCUGCAACUAGCCUGCAAAAUA